GAUGCCAUCGUCGCAUGAAUUGGCCUUGCAACAUCGGUACAGUAUACGGAAGACAGCUUCCUGGGAAGUUAUUGAGCUUGGGCACUGGGCAAAUCGCCAAGUCCCACUCCUCAUGGCCAGCUCGAUUCCUCUGUACCAGGUCGAUGCCUUCAGUCAAGAUCGGUUUCAUGGAAAUUCGGCUGCUGUAUGCAUCCUGACGGAUCCAUCAAAUGCAUUUGUGGAUGAUGCGACCAUGGCCAAGAUAGCCAACGAGAUGAACUUAUCUGAGACAGCGUUCUUGGAGCCCUCAGUUUCUGGCGAAAAGGGGCGCUUCAAGCUCAGAUGGUUCACACCCAGUGUUGAGGUGGAUUUGUGCGGCCAUGCCACAGUCGCCACUGCAGCCGCCCUGAUCCAAGGUGAGGGGCUGCAAGCGGACGUGCUGCAAUUUGAGACAAGGAGCGGCACGCUCACAGUGAGGCACCGCGAAGAUGGGCAGUACCACUUGAGCGUGCCCAGUUACCCGCCGGCAGACGACUUCCCAGGCUCCCCCGAACACAGAAUUGCCAUUCUUCAGGCGGUGUUUGGAGCCGGCAAUGUGGACAUGGCGGCCAGCCUGCAUUACAGCAGCAAGCUGCGCUACUUAAUGGCCGUGUGCCGGGAUGGCACCACACGCGAGCAGCUGCAGUCCCUGGCGCCCGAUUUCAGGUCCCUUAAAGAGGCGUGCCAGGGCAGCGGAGUCUUUGCCAUCAUGGUCACGGCUGCAGACCCGAGCGGGGAGCACGAUCUGCUGCUGCGCUUUUUCGCGCCGAUGGCCGGCAUCGAUGAGGACCCCGUAACGGGCUCAGCCUACGCCGUGGCGGGACCAUUCUGGGCGCAGCGCCUGAACAGGCGGCGGCUGUGCGCGCGGCAGUGCUCCCCCCGGGGCGGUGACAUAACAGUGACGCCGGAGGCCGAGCCGGGGCGCGUCGACGUCGCCGGGGCCGCCGUGAUUGUCUCUAAGGGCGUUCUCUACCUCGACUGAGCGGGAAUGACAUUGCUUGCACCUUGAGGCUGGCUUCUCCUGUCUUGAUGGCAUAGUACUCCUUGCAAAGCUGAUGGGAACAAAGCCAUGUCCACGCAGUUGGACAGUAGACUCUUGGAGAGGCACUAAGAGUCUGCCUGCGUACCAUGCAAAGUGCACUGCAUUGGCAAUUGGCAAUGUGCAGGACACUGUACUAUCGGAGUUGUGAAAAAGACAUGCAAGCAAACGUUCUGAUGAUAGACAAAUUACCGGAGUGCUGCUGACCAGGGAAUUCAGGGAGUGAACUGUUGAACAGUCGAGUUCCUGUCAAAAGCACAGUUCUGUCAAUGCUUAGGAGUCCCCUGUGCUGACGCUCUAACGAAGUGAUGAAGCAUGGGAGAGUAACAAUCGUGCAGCUGACAGUUGUCCAUGCCUCCUGUCCAGCAUUAAGGCUGUCCCAUCUGGUCACCUCCAUCAGCACAUUGUAGCCAGUGCGUCUUUGUUUGGAUGAUCUAUACCGAAUGCAAUGUUGUAAUGGGUGCUUUGCGCUACCUUGGUUUAAUGGCAUGCACUGAUUGAAAGCAGUGAUGCCUACAGGUAAACCGCUGUUCAGUACGUACUAUAGUCUACUUCACAGAUACUAGCUAGUUCAAAGAUUCUUCAGAAGAAUAUGGUAUUUUGCUCGGAGUGUAUUUACAUCUUUUGAUAUGGCCCAUCCCGAAUCAUCACAGCCAAAUGUCUGCAUGCCAAAAGAUGUUGAUAAAUUAGUUUAAUCGUCCAAAGGCACACACACUUGGAUACUAUGCCACGUCAAGCACGAUGGCAAAUCUCUUCCAGUCAAACAUCACUGGAUCCGAAGACACUGUGCAAAUAAUUAUUUCUCUCACACUCAAUUUAGCAGCCUGCGUCUAAAUGUGUACCGACACACCCAGGGCAUUCAUCAUGCCUGACAUAGAUGUUCAGGAGAGAUGUCUGGGGUAUGUCGGGCUAGAAAUCACAUACAACACAAGCAAAUCAGCACACCGUACAUCCUCACCAUUGAUGUGCAGUGCUGAACAUCAACAUAGGAGGUGAACAAUGGGCUGCACACGACCCCACUUCACUCCCCUUCCAUGGGGCACAUUCAAAAUUGGAAGGGGAGGUGCGGCUCAAGUGCUACACUUGCCAAUGCACAAUUUCGGAAGCUUUCAGCGCCAACAAUUUUGUGGCCACCGAUGUAGAAUCUGCUCCAAAAUCCGUGUCCACAUACACGCACAACAGACUGCUCGAAGCUUUGCCCUUCGAAACAUCAGUCGUAAUCUUUCUACAAAAUUGUAGGCGAUACCCAAUGCCAAUGCAG